GUUUCCAUCCCCUUGCGCCGCGGCCCUCCUCAGCUCCUUCCCUCCAUCUCAUGGCGUCGUCGGAGGCCGACGAGGAUCAGCUCCUUAAGAGCUUCCUCGCGGAGGUCAGCGAGGCGGAGCGCGACAACGAAGUCCGCAGGUGAAGAGUCCGGCUUACCUAGCGCAGACGAGGAGCCGUGAAGACGGUGGAGGCGGGGGUGAAAAAAAAGUUGACCCUACGGAAAGCCAUGGACAAGGAUUCUUGUGAUGGAUAGCAAAAUGAGUAUGUACCUCAAUCUCAAGCUUCGUCCCAGGGUCAUCGACCCGGAAUCCUUGGGGUCACGUCCCGCGUCUCGAAUUAUCAUCCCGAAGAAGAUACUUGGUUGCUUCAAGUUAAACCCCUUUGAGCAUCUAAAGUUGUCUUUUGAUUCAUCUCCAGACGAGGUGAAGAAGCAAUAUAGGAAGCUGUCAUUGUUGGUCCAUCCUGAUAAAUGCAAGCAUCCGCAAGCACAAGAAGCUUUUGCAGCUCUGGCGAAAGCACAGCAGCUCCUGCUUGAUCCACAGGAAAGAGGAUAUAUUCUUGGUCAAGUUAUUGCUGCAAAAGAAGAGCUAAGGGCAAAGAGGAAAAAGGAGCUAAAGAAAGACAGUGCUUCCAAAAUAAAAUCCCAAGUAGAUGAGGGAAAAUAUGAAGAGCAGUUUGAACGGUCAGAUGAAUUUCAGCAGCAGCUGAUAAUUAAAGUUCGUGAAAUUUUGACGGAUAAAGAAUGGCGUCGGAGAAAAAUGCAAAUGAGGAUAUCAGAGGAAGAAGGAAGAUGUAAGAAGGAUGAGGAAGAAACCAAAGAGAUGUGGAAGAGGAAGAGGGAGCAUGAAGAGAAGUGGGAGGAGACCAGAGACCAGCGGGUACCUUUGCAGUCUAUUCUAUGUUUCUAGCUGGAGGGAUUUCAUGAAGACCGGAAAGAAGGGACGGAAAGGCGAGAUCAAACCCCCAAAACUUAAGACAGAAGACCCGAACAAAUCUUAUGUUCAACGGCCGGUAAAGCGUGCUUAAGAGGAAUGCUGUUAGUGCUGCAAUUGAAGAACAUCUGGUAGCGAUUCUUCUUGCCACCUCAUUCAAGCUACGGCCCAGCGAAGUUAUCUUCCAGGCUGUAAGCUUCAAAUAUGCCACUUGGGUUCCUAGUGUAGUUGAUGGAAUUGUUAUUAGCAGAAUGGCUGCAUAUUCCUAUCUAGAGUGAUAUUGGAUUAAUGUACCCGUCGGGUAGAAAAUGUUACUGGAAAAAAGUUGAAAACUUUCUGUUAGAAAAGAAGUCCUACUGAAGUGUGUGUUGGAAGCUCA